CGGCCAGUGGCUUCACACCUUCUCACAUUGAAAUUUUCUGCAAAGCACUCGAGAACCACCUCGAUUGGUCCCACCGACGAUACAAGAGUCCCUUUAUCUCCACGUUUGGUGAUCAGCGCCACGCCUUGAACUGGGCAAGGCGAUGGAUCGCUCGGAAUCAAGGAGACUGUUGGAUUGAGGAGAUAUACAUUGAUCCAUACGAGUCUGGACACGUGAGGGUGUUUCGGGUUAAGGAUCUUGUCGACGGUCUUAGCCUAGAGGCCUCGUUGGACCGUUCUCAAUAUGAAUCCGAAUAUCUCUUUCUUCAUGGUAUACCUCAAGAGUUUAUUGUAGCGAGAACAAAGUUGCAGUAG